CUUUUUUCUCUCUUUUUUCUUCUUUAUAAAAGAAACUUUCUUUUAGUCUAUCCACUUCUUAUAUUAUUGUCCAAGAACGAAUUUUUUCAUUUAAAAAUGGCUACUACUAACAUGAACUUUGGUCCCGAAUGGAUGCGCGGUGCUUUAUCUAAGCACAAUGGCUCUUCUGAAUUCUUGGAUUCUUUACCUUUUGAACAACAAUCAGAUAAUCCUUUUAAAUAUUCUAAGGAGUUUAUGCUUGGUUUAUAUAAGCCUACCCUUCAGCUUCCUUCUGACUUUCAGCAACAUGAAUAUGCAACGAGUCAAGAACCCAUUGUUCCUUUAGCUUUCGAAGAAUUAACAGAGACUGAAAAAAAGCUCCUUUCUGGUCCUGUUCACUCGGAAGCCUCACAACGUCGUGGGGACAAAGCAAGACACCGUAGCGACUUAUACGGCAACAGUCCUCUGCAAAGUCCUGCUAACGAAAAUGGCCCUGCUGGUAAUCGCUUAGGCGGACGUAAAGGUAAACAAUGGCUUUAUUAGAGACAAAAAAAAAGAGAAAAUAAUAACCUUGGGUUAGCUCGUACGGAUUAUUUUGCAAGAGAUCAACCUCUGAAGCAACGCAAUGAAAAUGACUUGUUUAAGAGA